UUCAAGCAUAUGCAGUCUCUAUGUUAGUCUAAGACAUAGUUUAUCCGUGUGCCAAAUUUUAUCAAAAUCCAUUCACCAGUUACUACCUUUACAUGUAACAAUUAGCCUUCAAUAACUUUCCCAAACUUUCGCAUUUAUCAGUCAUACUAAGUAACAUUUUUUAUUCCUGCAGCAAUGUGCAAGCAGUGUUAUGUUCUUAAUUGAAGGACGGUUAGCCAAUGUAACAACUAAGCAUUAUGAGGCAUGACAUUUACCAACAUGUGAGCGGCUUGUUCGUCUCGCCGGGCAGUUGUAUAAAAAAGAUCGUAGGGUUAACACGGGCGUCGGUGUGGCCAUGCCUUUAGUAUACUUGUUCAUAUAAAUGUGCUCAGAAUAUAAUUAACUGUCAAGAUAAACAAGAUGGUGAAGCAAUUGGCUCUUUUAGUAAUAAUUUCUGUUGUGCUAAUAUUAGGAGAAGUCUCAGCACACGUCGUCAAAGUCAGGGAAGAAAGAUGUUUGCGACCAAUUCUGCGUGGUGAAUGCACCGACUAUCACACAAGGUAUGCCUACGAUCCGGCGGUAAAUAAAUGUGUGAGAUUUAAAUAUGGCGGCUGCGGAGGGAGCUCGAACCAGUUCCUUCACCAUCAUGAGUGUCGACGUGCUUGUAUAAUAUAAUUAAAUACGAGGAAUCAAUCAGCCUAUCGCUCUACUAAACGUAGGCAAAUGAGCGCCUACCACGCCGGUCCGCUGCCCGCCGCCUUUUCAAAUUUAAAACGGAAUUAUUUUUACAUUUUCCUAGUUUGGUAGAAAGAAGUAACCGUUGAUAUUUUGAAAGAAUAAAUGAUGCAACGUAACUAAUACGCGCCGUGAACGCAAUAUAGAAAGACUAGGUCAUGUUAAAUAAAUAUUUUGCGAGCUGAAAACGCG